GCUAACAAUGCUUCCUGGAAUAUACAUGAUAGAUUAUGUUGAAGUUACGACCGGUGUAAAGAUAUUAUCACUCUACGAUAGACAUGGCAGAUGGCCAUUUCGGUCGUGCCUUUACCGCCAUCCCUCAUUCAAAACCGACACUGAGAUUGCCACUUAAACUAUCACACCUUAGUCUCAACCAUCAGAGUUUAGCACCCAUUCCCCAUAUCCCACAAUGUCCAGAGAAGACCCAUUGAAAGCUGAAAAGGACUUUACCGCCACGUUGGAUGAGCAGUUCCCGCAGAUUGACGUGUUAGGUGCCAGCGACUACAAAUCGGCGUUGGACAAGUUGUUGCUCUUGGAGAAGCAGACGAGACAAUCUUCCGAUUUGGCGUCGUCCAAGCGCGUGUUGCUCAAGAUUGUGCAGUUGUUGGUGGCCAACAACGACUGGGAGUUGUUGAAUGAACAGGUGACGUUGUUGGCGAAGAAGCACGGGCAGUUAAAGAACGCGGUGCAGGCGAUGGUUCAGGAGGUGAUCAACCACUUGGAGACGAUUGCAGGCAACGAAAAGUUGACCAUUGCAACGAUUGAGAACAUCCGAAAUGUGACAGAAAACAAGAUACACGUGGAGGUGGAGCGUGCGAGAGUGUCGAAAAAGUUGUCUGAAAUCUACUUUGCCAAGGGAGAUUUGGACAAGGCAGUUGAGAUUUUGUGCGACUUACAGGUCGAGACCUACGGGCUGAUGGAGUUGAGGGAGAAGACGGAGUUCAUCUUACAACAGGUGCAGUUGACUGUGUUGCAGAAGGACUUCACGCAGGCCAAGAUUAUAUCCAAGAAGAUCCUCGUGAAGACCAUCGCCAAAUUUGCGGACUUAAAGAUCAGAUACUACAAGCUUGCGAUUGAGAUCAGUCUCCACGCACACGAGUACCUCGCGGUGGUGACUCACUACCUCGCGAUCGUGGACAUUCUCAAGGCGCACCCAGACUUGAUGCCCUCCGCAACGGAAUACCAGCAGAUCUUGGUCGCAAUCAUCUACUUUGUGAUCUUGUCGCCAUACGACAACCUCCAAUCGGACCUCAUCAACAAAAUCAAGGUGAAUCCGCUCUUUCAGAAGGUUACCCCGCACUUUGAGUUGGUUAAAUUGUUCACAACCAAGGAGUUGACCAGGUGGCCGAUUUUACAGGAAAACUUUGACACCGUGCUCUUUGCGUCCGUGACAUUCGACCUCAAGACUGCCGCCGGCGCCCAGCACUACAAGGACUUGAAGAGUCGCGUUAUCGAGCACAACUUGCGUGUGGUGUCUGAAUACUACUCACAGAUCUCCACUAAGCGCUUGACCACUUUGUUGGACUUGACCGAAUCUGAAAGCGAGCAGUUCAUCAGUGACUUGGUCACCAAGGGCAUUAUCUAUGCUAGAAUAAACCGUCCGGCUAGAAUCAUCUCCUUCAGCAAGCCGAAGGAUCAGAACGAUCUCUUGAACGACUGGUGCAAUGACAUCGACUCGUUGUUGGACCAUGUCGAAACCAUCGGCCACAUGAUCACCAAGGAGGAGAUGAUGAACAAGAUCAAGGUCACCGGUAAGGCGUAGCUAGGUUGAAUCAAAACGAAUUAAAAGAGAUGGACAAUUCGUAGUCACGGUUGGGUCUAGAUCUCCGACUCUUAAGGACUGAGCCCUAGCCAGAGCAGUAAAUGUUGUAUCUGGGUACCUAUUUAGGAUGUCGUAAGGUUUGGGUUGAGCCCGUCUCGGGGCAUAUUCCACUUGUCUUAGAUGACUCACCUGGUGGAUAGAGGUUGUAAAACGAAUGGCCCUAUUUUACAGAGUUUGUCAAGAACAUGACAAAGCACCAGAGCAUGGAUUUUCAAACCAUCGGGCAAGACAACUACCGCAGGCUUAGGUAACGCCCAUGUUCAACUUCCCUCUGAUUGACAUACCUUACAUUUUUCCUACAACAAUAAAUUCCAUGCUCAUUUUAGUUCAGCACUGAAAAUUUUCGUUAAGAAAAGAAUGCGUUACUUAAUAAUAUG